AUGGAGCCGUUUGACGCAAAACUGGUCGCUGCAGCGACCGGCGCGACGCUUACUGCCCUCACGAUGACCCCGUUUGAUGUGGUGAAGACGCGGCUGCAGACACAACCGCGCGCGCAACCACCACCGCUCUUCCCGGCGCCGCCACCAGGUAUGUGCUGCCAGCCCGCAACAAAACAAGUGCCCUGCGUACGGCGGAUGUCCUCGCUAGCUCCAGCACUCGAAGGCGAAGUCGUCUGCAUAUGGGAUCAUGGGAUCCUCCGGCAAGAGCGUGUCACCGGCUUCUUCGAUGCCAUUCGGCACGUCGUCCGCGCGGAGGGCGUCAAUGGGUUGUGGAAGGGCGCUGGGACGACACUUGUGAUAGGUGUCCCGUCAUCAACAGCUUACAUGCUCACGUAUGACCACCUACUCAACGUUAUUCUCCCACCAUUACUCCCCGCUCCCGCUGUUCCCCUCUGUUCUGGUAUGCUUGCCCGGACACUUGUCUCCUCCUUCAUGUCUCCCCUUGAACUCGUCCGCACCAACCUCCAAUCCACACCCCUCUCCCCCGACAACCCACAUACCCUGCGUUCUGUCCUUACGUCCGUGCAAGCCCUCACACGCGUACACGGUAUCAAUUAUCUCUACCGGGGACUCGGGCCGACGCUCUGGAGGGAUGUGCCAUUCAGCGGUUUGUACUGGGCGGGCUACGAGACGUACAAGGCAGCGUUCGCACGCGAAGGGUUCGCAGGACCGCAAGUCGCGUUUGCGAGCGGAGCUAUCAGCGGGACGACGGCUGCCUUGCUGACGUCUCCGUUUGACGUGCUGAAAACGAGGAGGCAAGCGGUGUCGAUGCAGGGGCAGUCAGCGAAGACUGCAACCUUCCCUCUGAUGGUGGACAUCGUUCGGAAUGAGGGCAUCGCUGCGCUAUAUGCUGGCAUACUUCCGCGGAUAGUCAAGAUCGCACCUGCAUGUGGUAUCAUGAUUGGUUGCUUCGAGGUGCGUAGGCUCCAAGUUGACUAG